CUAAUCUGUUUUCGAUCACUGUCGAUCCAUUUUCUGUUUUCGAUCUAGAAUCCUUCUUCUUCGUGUCAUCUGCUGUUACUAAUUUGUUUAUUUGUGUUAUUUGUGUUGUUUUGGUUACAGGGUAGAAGUUUGUACCAGGAAAAUAACCAUGAGUAAGCUUCAGAGUGAAGUGUUGAGGGAAGCAAUCUCCCAGAUUAAUACCGAAGCUACCGCUAAAAAGCGAAAUUUCACCGAGACAGUGGAACUUCAGAUUGGUCUUAAGAACUAUGACCCUCAAAAGGACAAGCGUUUCAGUGGUUCAGUGAAGUUGCCACAUAUUCCCCGACCUAAGAUGAAAGUCUGCAUGCUUGGAGAUGCUCAGCAUGUUGAGGAGGCUCAGAAGAUCGGUCUUGAGUACAUGGAUGUUGAAGGUCUUAAGAAGCUUAACAAGAACAAGAAAAUGGUCAAGAAGCUUGCAAAGAAGUUCCAUGCUUUUCUAGCCUCAGAAGCUGUUAUCAAGCAGAUUCCCCGUCUUCUUGGACCUGGUCUUAACAAGGCAGGUAAGUUCCCAACUCUUGUGACUCAUCAAGAGUCAUUGGAGGCCAAGGUGAAUGAGACCAAGGCUAUGGUUAAGUUUCAAUUGAAGAAAGUGCUCUGUAUGGGUGUUGCUGUUGGUAACCUAGGUAUGGAGGAGAAGCAGAUCUUCCAGAACGUUCAGCUUAGUGUCAACUUUCUAGUAUCAUUGUUGAAGAAGAAUUGGCAAAAUGUGAGGUGCUUGUACUUGAAGAGUACCAUGGGAAAGCCAGUCCGCAUCUUCUAAGCACUACAUUUCUAUAAUUGCAAGGGCAAUUCCUACCUGCUCUUCAUGUGAGACCCCUGGAGAGUUAGACUUAGGGAAUACCCUGCGAGUCCCGAGAGUCUGUAACCAGAUAUAGGUAGUAACUGUUUGCAUGAGUAGUAGACUUUUUCUGAAAAUGCUCAGUAAAUCUUUUUGUUUAAUUCCUGAAUUCGUUUUUUCUGUUUUUUACUGGUAGUUCAGGGAUACUUAAAUCUUGGAAGAUAAUGAUUUGGCUUUUCUUUAUGACUUGUUAAAUAGAUGAUUGGCUUUACCAGAUUUUUUUAGUA